AUGCUUGGAGAUGCCAAUAGUCGCCAAAUGUGGCAGUGCUUGAACAACAUCAAAGUCAUGCGACCUGCUACCUGUUGGCUUGAAAAUGUGCUGGGAUUUGUCCGUGUUAUCGAUCGGGUGCUGGCCCACAUAUCGGAAAAUCUUCCAGAGUAUGAGGUUGCAUGGCUCAUCCUGGAUCCGCUUGACCAUGGUUCUCCUAUCACACGACGGCGGGUCUUCAUUAUUUUGAUCUUGAAGGAGAUCAUGGACCAAUCUGUCAGGGGCCACCUGCAAGAUUUCUGUGAGGCUACACGCGAAAGAUUGAGAAUACUUUUGGACCUGCACUGGAAGGACCUUCUCUUGGACAACUGGAGCCAGACUGUUCAGGACGAUAUCGAAGCAAAACAACAGUUGAGGAAAAAAAACUUGGCUCGUGAAAGGCCACUUGGCUCUGCCAAACAAACAAUUUUGAUAUACUUUUUUAAAACCCAGUACUAG